UGAAUAUAUACAAUUCCUCAUGGACUAGUUUUAAGUGACUAAUUCUGUUGGGCUCGGUUGCGGUGUUCUGAAGUACUAAACUUGCUCCUUUACUUUUAAUAUAUUAUAUGGUUAUCAAUAUGUAUUUUUGAGAGUAAAUUUAACCUUGUAAAUCGUACAUAACAAAAUAGACUUCAUCUACACCCACACUAUCUAACAAAUCGUAUAUCUUAAAAUUCAAAAUUUCCAAUUGAUGUUACUAAAUAACAAGAAAUAUUUCUUACAUUAUUUCGCACACACACAAACACGCAUUAAUAUAACUCAGUACCGCCGCGUAUCACACCGUUUCAAUUUGGCGAAGAACCCUUGAAUUUCGGUGAACCCGCGUCCAUACAAUGCACCAUCGCCGGUGGUGAUUGGCCAAUGAGUGUUAAGUGGUUGCUGAAUGAUUAUCAUCUUCCUGCCCAUUUGAAUAUAGCAACGACAAAAUUUACUAGACAUACCCAUGUCUUGGCUAUAGAAAGCGUUACUGCUGAUCAUGCGGGAAAUUACACAUGCAUCGCUGAGAAUUGGGCGGGAAAAGCUGUUUAUACAGCGGCUUUGAUUGUUAAUGGUUUGCUAAAUAUAAACUAUAAAUUACUAUUAUUUUGUUAGAGUAGUUAAUAUUGCUUUAAGUUAAACCUUAUCCCCACUCCAGUUCAUACGUCUCGGGAUUUAAAAAACGGAGCUGAAUGCCUUAAAACGGUACUCAGCGCGAAUAAUUUUAAAUGUUUUUAAAACUUAUCUAAAAACGCUACUGAAAUGUAGCUAUGCUUACUUAUUAAGUGCGCUGACUUCCAGUAAGUGUUUAGUUUAUUUGUAAACUAAAUUUUUCAUCUCUAAUGAAUCCUCUAUAUAAAAAAUAUCAAGCUUACAAAUCAUAAUGAUUGUAUACGAAAUUUGUAUUAUUAUUUCAACGCAAAAAGUUGCACCGAAAAUUGCACCAUUCGAUUUUGGUGAAGAACCGCUCAACUACGGCGAACCCGCCUCCAUACAGUGCACCAUACUCGGCGGUGAUCUACCAAUCAACGUUACCUGGUUGCUGAAUAAUGCUGCUAUUGAUAGUUUUCAUGAUAUAUCAUUAUCGCGUAUUGGCAAACGUGUAAAUGUGUUGACCAUCGAAGCUGUCGCGGCGCAUCAUGCGGGAAACUAUUCAUGUCGCGCGCAUAAUAAAGCUGGAAUUACAGAGCAUGCAGCGCGUCUGAUAGUGAACGGUUUGUUUUUUUAACAGCUAAGGGAUCAAUACUAUAUUGGAUGUGUUCAUUGUAUAUUUUUUUAAUUUUUUGUUUAAAAAUUUCCUCAAACUUCCCAACUCCGCGUUGAUUAAGCUGAUGUUAUAACUUUAAUUGUGUUUUGGCUGCGCUGAAUAGUAUUAGCAGUUAUUCAGCGUAACUGUUAUUACUGUAUUAAGAAUUCUGUCGAGAGAUGAGUGCUUGAACAUAUACAAAAAUGUUCUGAAUUGACAUUUUAUGUAUACAGCUAACUUUUUUGUAAUACAUAUUAUGAUUAUUAAAAUGAAGCUUACAAAAAUUGUAAUUGUUUUCCUACAAAAAGUUGCACCGAAAAUCGCACCAUUUGAUUUUGGUGAAGAACCACUCAACUACGGUGAACCCGCCUCCAUACAGUGCACCAUA